AAACCAAUAUCAACCUUAACCGUUAAAGUAACCAUCAUGUAUCAGAAUUUUCAUCGAUAAACUUUCAACGUUUUCAUUUUCAUCUUUAUCUACACCAUCAUCUUUCCCCUUGGAAUAGGAUAUUCAUCAUUCAUUUUCCUAUUUCAAUUCGUUGAUUAGUAAAAAAAAUCAACAGUUACUACUUGACUGACCAACAAUUAACAAAAAAAAACGACAAUAACAAUCACCGACUCAUCAUCAUCAUUCAUUAGUGUAAUCAUCAUGUUAGCAAAUUUGUUAAACACAAUUAAUUAUGUUCAUUAUGAAGUGUGGCAAGAAAAAGGUGACCCUCGAAUCGAUUCAUAUCCCCUCCUUCAUGGUGGACCAUGGAAAGUUCUGACCAUUGUUGGUCUUUACAUUUUCUUUGCCAAAUAUUGGGGACCAAAGAUGAUGAAAAACUCAGCCCCAUGGGAUUGUCGAAGAGCAAUGAUUAUCCACAAUUCAGUUCUAAUUGUGCUCAAUUUGAUUGGUUUUCUGGUUGGACUUGCAGUUACAUCGUUCGGUGCUGAAGCCUGGUCAUGUAAAGCAUUGGAUACAAGUGAUGUUACACUUAAGACCCGAUUAACAUUGGCCUUGGGCUAUUUGUAUUUUAUUACCAAAUUUAUGGACUUCUUGGAUACGCUAUUUUUUGUGUUGCGAAAGAAAAACUCUCACAUUUCAGGAUUACAUGUUUUCCAUCAUGCAAUCAUGCCCUUGACCGCUUGGGCUGGAUGUAAAUUUUUCCCCGGCGGUAAUUCAGCUUUAACUCCAUUGGUCAAUUCAUUUGUUCACGCAGUCAUGUAUGGCUAUUACCUGCUCGCUGCCCUUGGUAUACCCCAAGAAAAAUAUAUCCAUCUUAAAAAGCACAUCACCGAAAUUCAAUUGCUACAAUUUACCCUUGUCCUUUCCCAUUCACUUUACUCUUUAAUCAAUACGACCUGUGAAUGGCCUCGAGCUAUGGCCAUCGCUGAGGGCGCAGAGGCGAUCACUUUCCUCAAAAUGUUUUCCGAUUUUUACAUCCACACUUAUUUAACUAAGAAAGUUAAACAAAAAUGAUUUAAUUAGCUUAGAAAAUUUAACAAAAAAUUCAAAUUUUUUCUACCCUUUUUUUGGUAACUACAAUUAACCUUAUUUUUGAGAAAUUUUCUUCAUCAUUUCCGUUUCUUGUUGUAAACUCUUUCCCUUAAUUCCCUCUCUAUCUAUCUAUCAAUCUCCUUUCCUUUCCUUUCCUUUCUUCCCUUUAAAUACACUUUGUUAAUUGUUGAUUUUUUUCUUCUCCUUCUCCUACAAUUUAACAAGCAAUUAAUGGACAUUUUAUCUAAUUAAUUGAUUAAAAAGGUACACACACACACAAUUACACUUUGAGUGUUUUCCAAUUUAAAA